CGACUCUGCCCAAAACCGAGCUGCACAAGAUGGAUUUUGUGAAAGCGCAAGCUGAGCGGGAGCGGAUUGCCGAGGAUAUCCUGACCGAGAAGCAGCUGAUACUGGAUCUCGACCGGAGGCGGAACUCAAAUAGAGAAGCCCUUGGAUGCUUUCGCAAGAAGCAGUUUGAGCCAGACCAGCGAGUGUGGUAUAAUAUGGGAGGCAUCUUCAUGAAGAUGGAGCAAGACACAGCCAAAGGACUCAUCGCCAAAGACGGCGAGACGCUGACCAAGGAAAUCGAGUCGCUGCGGGACAGUAUCAAAUCGCACACGGCAGAUCUGGAACAGCUGGAGCGAGGCUCAACCAAGAGGAUCAAAGGGUUUGAUCUGAAGGGCAUGCAGGCCAAAGAUCUCUACGGCAUCAUCGACCACUCGUGAAAUGGCUCUUUUUCAUGCAACCGGGGGAGGAGCAGCAUCCAAGCACGAAUCCUGGAUCCCUUCGCUUUGGCUCAAGCUCCAGUUGCAUUUUUUGGGCUGUUUCGGAUAUGUCCGU